GGGGGUGAGAGAAGGAAGACAGGAUAAAAGACAUGCUGUGAAUAAUAACUAACUAAAUGCAGAAAGGUGUAUAAACACAUUGUGCAUGGAAGAGGUGUCUGAAGGAGAAAUACUCAAUGCAUCAUGGGAAUCCCCCAGCAGCCUACUAGUAUGGUAUUACAGUAGUAGUGUCUCAUAUUCUACACUAAACACAAAAUGGUUUUUUAGAAAAGGUAAAUAUUGUCUAGCAUUCUUAGAGUUUAAUAUAAUUCACUGCAUGUGUCAUCUUUAUCCAACUGUCUGGUGUUUGGACCUUAACUUAGUUUGUUCCAGUCAGUAUGGAGCUCUUAAAGAGCGAUCUGUGGUCACAAGACUUUUUUUAUGACCCCUUUUUUUAUUAUUUUGAAAUGUGUCACCGGAAACUCCGUGUUUUCUUCAUGGUGUCUUGAUGUUGGCCAAUAACAAGUGCUGGAAACUGAGCAGCAGACUCCAAACUUCUCCGUCAGGACUGGAGAGAAGCUGAGCUGCGUCACAAACAACAUUUUUUUUAUUUCAGGAGUGAAGUUUUUCUGCAGCACAUGUCUGUGACACACACGGAUAACACGGAGCAGUUGCAUUUAUUUAAAAAAUGAGCUCGGUUUGGUGUGUUUUGCUCCUCUUUCUGCACUGCGCGGAGCUCCGGUACGCAGCUCCGCUGGAGGCGCAGCAGGCGGAGGAUGCUGCCGCACCACCUGCGCGCAGCCAGGCGUCUCUCUCUCCGGAGAGGAGCUCUCUGAACGGGUUUCAAAGUUCAGGACUGCCCGGUGUAAAGCGAGUGGCCCGAGGAGCCAAAGAUGGGGGCUUCAGGAAAAAAGAACCGGUUCCCGCCAACAGUUUAGGGCACCCGCGCCGGUACGACGACCCGAGCGCCUACUUCACCACACCGCGGACGUCCCGCUUCACCUCCGCCCCGGUGGGGAACCACUCGUCCGGCCGCGGUUCAGGGCUCCACAACCCGCUAUUCCCAGUUACCGACGGCUCCUACUGGGCGUACGCAGUCAUGCUGCUCGCGCUCGUCCUGUUCGCCGCGGGCAUCGUUGGCAACCUCGCGCUCAUGUGCAUCGUAUGGCACAACUUCUACCUGAAGAGCGCGUGGAACAGCAUCCUGGCGGGCCUGGCCUUCUGGGAUUUCCUCGUGCUGUUCUUCUGCCUGCCUGUGAUCAUCUUCCACGAGCUCACCUUGAAAAGGUUGCUAGGAGACCUGUCCUGCAGGCUCGUGCCCUACCUGGAGGUGACCUCUUUGGGCGUGGCCACAUUCAGCCUCUGUGCGCUCAGUAUUGAUCGUUUCCAUGCAGCCACAGGCCCUGGGCCUCAUCAGACUCCAAAGGUGGAGUCCUGCCAGUCCAUCCUGUCCAAGCUGUCCGUCAUCUGGGUGGGCUCCAUGGUCUUAGCUGCCCCGGAGCUCCUGCUAUGGCAGCUCCUCCAGGAAACUGUCAGCCUGCCGACGCUUCCCAACGACCUACAGCAAAGCCAGCACGCAGGUUCACUGAUGGCGGCCUUUAGAGGCCGGACUGAAAGGUUCAAGGUGGAUAUGUGUGUCCGUGAGCCAUCUGUGGAGCUCCCAGAGAGCAUCUACUCUCUGGUGCUGACCUAUCACGAAGCUCGAAUGUGGUGGUUCUUUGGGUGCUACCUUUGUUUGCCACUGCUCUUCACUCUGGCCUGCGAUUUGGUGACAAAGCAGGUGUUAGCACAGCGACUACCACAGAAACCCAGCAGCGAAAAGGUGACUAUCAGGUGCUCCUCCUCCUCUUCGUCUUCAUCUUCGACAAAGAAAAAGCAGCAUGUGAGGGAGCAGAGGCUACGCUCCACUGUGAUGGCACUCACUGUCUUGUACAUCACGUGCAACCUGCCAGAGAGUAUUUGCAACAUCACCCUGGCGUAUAUCUCUGUCCCAGUGACCGCUGCGCUUCCGGCUCUGGUUCUGCCGGCGUUGGGUCUGAUUGGACAGUUCCUGCUGUUUGUGCGCUGCUCUGCGACGCCAGUGAUGCUGCUGUGCCUGUGUCGCUCGCUGGGCCAGGCCUUCAUGGACUGCUGCUGCUGCUGCUGUGAAGAGUGCCUCCCUGAUGGCAACUCCUCUUCAUCUUCCUCUGCCUCAACUGCUGCAACCUCCACCCUCUCCUCACCCACAUCGCCUUCGCCAGUCUCCCUGUUUCCUUCCAGCAAAGAGGAGCCGAUGAAGAGCCUGUUGCCGGCAGAACCAGCAGUCCAUGAGAGAGUGAAAGACUCAUCAGCAGCUAUUGGGACACCCUGCUGAGGCUCAGAACAUCACUUUAAAGGGUUAUUUGGGGUUUAAUACAACUUGGUUCUUAAUUGGUAGUUUUGUCCAACAUUUCAGUCGGGAUAAGUAUAGUCAAAAGAAGGAUUUACACCUGCAUUAAUUUACACUCGGUGACCUCCAUCAGCAAAAACAGACAUGACAGAUAUGAUAUGAAAACAGGAACCAGAAUGUAGGUGGGUUGCAAAGCAGCUUGCACAGGGGCGCAGUACAUCUGAAAUUGCUAAGGCAUAAAUUAAAUUGCAUGCUUCACAUGAGAUAGUUGGACAUGUAGAAGCAUAUUAGCCAAUCAUCAGCUGAUGCAGGUUUAUCACUAUGAUCAGCUGAUCUGAAUGGAUCAUUACCUGUGUGUAACAAUGUUAUGCUUGAUUUUACUACGAUUCAAAGAUCUGGGAGCACAGUUACAUCACUAAGGAAGGAAGAGUUAUCAGUACGGAAGAGAGGACGAGAAAGUUUGAAAAGAUACCGGUAUCGGGAAAGCUGUGUUCCAGUCUGUUUUUGUGAUUUUAACCUUCAUCUCUUAGGUCUAACAAAGGCGCUGUAGUGAUUUUCCAACUAGGAGGAAUUAUUUGCACCCAGGUGUAUCAUUUUACUUUAUAAAUGCUGCCAUUCUUCUUUUUUCCUUCUGCACAACUGAGUCCCAUGCAAACCUUUUUCUGCGCUGUUAAGAUUUCAAAACAGUCACUGAAAGUCUGUUCAGGUAAACCUUUUUUUCUAAUGUGGUUUCUUGUUUGACUGAUGAAGAAUCAGAUCUAAGCAAAAGUAAGGCAAUGUUAUGAAUAAAAUCUCAGCUAAAUUCUACAUACCGAAUCGGAGCAAGUGCCCAGGUGUCUAAAUACUUUUGGCAAUACAGUGCAUCUAAAAACUAGGUACCAGUGGUACAACCACCAGUCAAAGUUGUAGCUUGAAGUGGAUCUGUGAAUUAUAGUGUGUGCUGACAAAUGUUUACUUUUUUCUAUUCCAGAUAUGUUUGAUUAACUUGGAGGUUUGUUCUCAACUUGUCUGAUCACCUGAGCUUUUUGAUGUGAAUACAGGUUAUAUAUAAACUGCCAUUUCAUCAGCGCUCAGCUUUUAGAUUCGUGAUUACACUGUUAUUGCAGGUGGUCAAACUUAGGGACAAAAAUACCAAAAUAAAAUCCAAGUCGUUGUAAAUCGUUCUUUACGUUUAGUCUGUAUAAACUUGGGUAGAGCCACUGUAGAGCAGAAGUUUGUCAGACUAGCGUUAGGUAAUUAUUCAGAUUAUGGAGCAUGUUCUAGAUGGAUUUAAUUGAUAUGCCAGUUAUUAAAUGAUAUGUCAUUGUUUUAUGGUACAAUUUACAUUUCAUAGUUAUUGAUAAUUGUCUAAUUCCCAUUCAGGAUAUUUGCAUCACAUUUUCUAAGUACUGUAUCAAAAAGGAAGUCAUUUGAGUUUUGGGGGAUUUUUUUUUUUUUGUAAGGCAUUUAAACU